AUGGCUCGUGAUCCCAAGCAGAAGAAGACUCGUUCCGCUCUGGACGAUGUCAAGACCAUCGAGGCUUCCAUUCACCUUCACAAGCGUGUGCACGGCCUUGGCUUCAAGCACCGAUCUCCCAGAGCAGUCAAGGAGGUCCGAGCAUGGGUAACCAAGCUGAUGGGAACAAAGGAUGUGCGUCUCGACCCAAAGGCAAACCACGUCAUCUGGCAGUUGGGUAUCAAAGAUGUCCCUCGUAGACUUCGUUUCCGUCUCGAACGCAAGCGUAACGACGAUGACCAAGCCAAGGAGCGCCUGUAUACUCUCGUCACUCCCGUACUCGGCAUCACCAACUUCCACGGCCUCCAAACCACCGUCAUCGACCAGGAGUAG